AUAAAAUGCUGCUUCAUUCGUCUAACCUUGUAUACAACACUAUUAGUUAAUAUAUUAAUAUUAAUACUUCUCUAAAAGAAUGAAACAAGCAAUAAUCCAAGCACGAUUUCUCAUUCUGUUCCUAGUUUGCAAGUCAAUUUAUGGGCAACAAACUUCCACCCUUAUCACUGAGAAUGCCUUUCUCGGGAUCAGUUGCUCAAAAACCGUCCCUCGUAGCGCCAUGUACGGCCAAAAUUUUAUCAAGACUCUUGCCGCUCUCGUUGUUCACGCAGAUUUAGGUCAUCUAUCGGGCAGCAGCACGGAGGGUAGUGAUGCAGAAGCAGCACAAGGACUUUAUUAUUGUAGAGGAAGUGAUACAGUGAGCGCUAAUGAAUGCGCUGCCUGUGUACGAAAUGUAACAUCAGGAUUAGCAGAUUCCGUAGAGUGUGCAACAGGAAAUUCCGCCAUAGUCUGGCGAGGAUUUUGCACUGUACAAGUGGCUAACUUCGCCAUAAUCGGGCAACUACAAACGGAACCAAAGAAUGUCCGUCCCUGAAAAAGUCACCCCGGAUGCUUCGUUGGUGGCAGAUGAUAUCAGGGAUUUACAUAGAUUAACUCUCUUGAACGCUGAAGACAACUAUAAGCAAGGUUUCUAUUUUAGCAGCAUGGUUCUUCAAAGCAUGAGAUAUCACGUUAUAGCUCAAUGCAAUCCUGAUUUGCUCAUUCAAGAUUGCAAAACAUGCCUAGACCAAGCCUUUUCCGAACCAUGUGAACCACAACAGUGUGGCGCUUUUAGCUCCAUGCUUUUGGUUUUGUACCCAAGCUGCCAAUACAUGUACGGUUAUGAGUGAUCGUAUUACCCCGGCCCGGCCCGGCCCGGCCCGUCGUUUUACAUGCUUUCUUCUAUUCCAAGACCAAGAUUGUUGCUCGUGUAUGUUUUUUCAUGUUUGAUUGUACUAGUUGUUGGAUGGCGGAGACCGUGCCCCAAAGUUAUCUAAAUCUAUUUUGUGAAUAUUAAGCUAUGACGUGAUAUCUCAUGUUUUGAAAUUAUAAUUUAUUUUUAUUGAAUUGAACAAAACAAAUAAUGUUUACGUUAUUAGGUUUGUAGCCGCAAUAGAGAAUGCUCAUGAAAUUAAAAAAGUGCA